AUGUAUUCAUAUUUUGAUUAUUAUAAAACCAACCAUAACUAGAAUCAUAAUUUAUUGGAUCCAACUUUCUCAUGUAAAGACUUUAUACAUAACAUUUACUUGAAUCGCAUAUUUCGCAACCAGUUGCACAUUUAUAUACCAGUAAUUCAAAUUCAGAAAUACCCCAGUAAUUUUCAAACCCAUUAAUAAUUAUUUGUGCAGUAUAACUUGUGUGAGUCAAAAUUCUGGAAACAGAAGAUACCCCAUCCCCAUAAGCUGAUCCAGCUACCCCACAAAUACUUGGUUAAGAGUAUUCAGAGGAAUAAGAUUGAGAAUGUGCUUCCACAUUAUCUACAUAUACUUUCAAAUUUUCUCCUCCCCAGUUAUCAAGACUUCCCUCAAUAAUAAAAUAUCUUACUGCCAAAAUUUAAAUGA